UGUACUCAAGUACCACCGAAGUAAGAGUAUGAGUACAUUAAACAGUAUGAGUAUGGGGGAUCGGAGGUCACACCUGGCCUCUACUGCUGCGAGGCUACUAAGGAACCUGAGGCUGGUCUUGGCCAGGGAGAAGAGCUACAACGUGAGCCAGGCCGAGGGUAGAGAGAAGAGAGAGGGGAAGGAGAAGAAGGAGAAGGAUUACAAAGAGAAAAGGGAAAGUCGGGAUGAAAAAGAGACCAAGGAGAAAGUUUCAAGAACGAGGUCGCCUCUCGCGGAGUUCAACACCAAAGAUGAUCGUCGACGGCCUUCCGCCUGUGAAGCAGAAUCCUUGGAUGUUGGGACAAUACUAGUAAACCCUAGUCAACAAAAAAUGCGGGAAAAAACAGUUCAUGAAUCCAAAGUGAAGGAUCAGGAAAUCCGCGAAUUUCGUGUUAGGGAUCAGAGAAUCCGUGAAAAUAUCCGGCGGACCCACUCUGGAGAGUCACGAGUGUCUGGUGGCCUCUACUCUACAGGAAAAAGCAGUCAGCCUAUCUUAAAAUGUGAUGAAAGAGGAAGACUCCUGACCCCAGGGUCAGGUCAGGAUACACCACCAAACCCGCUCAAAUCAGUGCAGCACACGGGAAUUAAUAUGGGUCUUGCCGCAUUCCGCCCUGAAGCGCACACACCGAAAUCAAUGCCGCAACACGUUUUAAAGAAAAGUGAUUUGUGUCUAGAAAUUGAUUUGCGGCACCCACCCUCUGGGUUCACUGAUUUGUCGGUUAAACGAUCUAAAUCAGAUGUUCAAGAUCUAUACUAUGGAUUGUACGGUGAUGAUAAAGUAUUUGAACGUAAAAAGAAACUAACUUCUGCCAUUGUAAAACGAUCUAGAUCAUUUCAAAAAUUAUUUAAUCAUUCAAUGCUUAGUAAAUCCAGAGAGUAUAGCUUUCAAUAGUUUUAAUUCUUGUUUUGUUUUGUCAUCUUUAAGAUUUGUAAAAAGAUAUAAAUAUAUAUAAAUGUUUUA